AUCGAAUUAGAAAAAUGGCGUUUGGUACAGCUGUGGGUUGCGCAAUUUUUAUGUAAAUGUGCAUUAAAUUUAUAAUAAAUUCAAAGUUUCAAGUGCAACAAAUAAUCGCGAGACAAUUAGUGAAUGUUUUAUAAAAUUUACACAGUGAAUACUGUAGGAUAAAAUAGUGUUUUUUCGUUCCACAAAGCUGUGAUGGACUGUGUAUUUUUUGUGUUGUGGUGAUGUUCGGAAGAUAAAUAAUGAAACGAAAAAUUAUGCGGCUGUGCUAAUAAUGUUACAAUGAUGGAUAAGUUAUGGGUGGUGUUGUUAGUGGCCUUGACCGGCGCACAUUUUGGGCAGGGAUUGCCGCUGCGUUCGACGCCGCACAGCUACCCGCACAACACAAACGGGGCCAUCUCGGCAGGAUGGAAGGAGGGUAACCUAUACGCGGCUGUGCCGGCGCUGGCGCUGAUAGUCACGGCCGUGGGGCUCCUGUUCGGGUGCACUUGGUGCUACAGACACAAGGACUGUAAGCAAAACGAAGGAGCGGACAACCAGCUGUUCACUGCCAGCGCCACACACCUACACGAGCGGCGCUCUCACCCGCCCGACUCCGGCUUCUCAGAGCCCGCCAACAACAACAUCAGCGAGGACAACAACAAUGGCCCCAUAUCGCUGCGGGAGAUGCAGAACAUCGCCAACAACAACGCGACGGCGUACAUUGUCAGCGAGAACGAGGAGCGGAACAGGGUCAGCCGCGAGUCCGUUGUUGAGUUCGAGCCGCUGCCCACGGGAAUCAGGGUAGCUGAUCCGCUGGAGAGAUGCGUGGAUUGGUUCGGCGACGAGGAUUUCCCGAGAAACCGAUUGCAAUAUCUACGCGAGAUCGGGCGGGGGUGGUUCGGCAGGGUAGUGGAAGGUGAAAUCGAAGACGAGGGCACAACAACGACAGUUGCGGUCAAAAUUCUCAAUCAAAACGCGAGUCUAGAGGACAAAGCUCGAUUCCUCGAUGAGGCGCGCCUCUACCGCGACGCCAGUCACGAGAAUGUACUUGCUUUCGUAGCCAGCUGUCUUCAAGAAGACCCCUGGAUCGUUAUCUUUGAGCUGUGCUCCACCGAUCUCCAAAAUUAUCUGACAGCGAACCGUCCAAAGAUGGCAGCACUGAACGAGAGCGGCGUGCCGCUGCGUCUCAUGUGUGACGUCACUUCCGCUCUCUCCUACCUUCAUUCUAGGGGAUUCACGUAUGGUGAGCUGUGCACACAGAACGUGCUGAUUCGUGGUUCAGACGAGGCGGCGCGCGCCGUUCUGGGCAAUUACGGCUUGGACCCGCGGCCGCACGUCGACAAUGUUCAGCAUACGUCGCAGGCCAACGACGUGUCUUCCCUGGGCUACGUGCUUCGGGACAUCUGUUCGUGGGGCGUCGCGCCGCCGCCAGCGCAGCCCGACUGUCCUUAUCGAGAGCAUUUGCACCAAGUGAUGCAGCUGUGCUGGCACGAGAACCCCGAGUCCCGACCGAGCGCCGGCCAGGUGCAAGCGCUACUCGAGCACCUCCUCGCCACGCACCUGCGCUGCAGCGACACGCGCGACGACGGCUACGGCAGCUCCGACUUCGAGGAGCGCUGGCAGCGCCUCAAGCCCAACACCAUCCCCAAGCUCGACGAGCACCGCGCGCUCGUGCACGCGCCCUCCGCCUCGCUCGACGACCACCACACCCCCUCCGAGCUCUCCGCCGCCGCGCUCAGCGUCCACAUGGACACCGCCGUCUCCCGCUCCAGCAGCAUCAUGUCCGACAAGGACCCGCUCUCCGCGCAGAUCAAGUCCGAGAGCCUCACCAACCUGCACGGCUCGCUCGAGGACGUCCGCAACAUAUACCUCACGCACAACGAGCAGCCCGCCCUCGAGUGCCACCAGGCCAACACCAUCGAGGACCGCGACGACGACCGCUCGGACGCCUCCGUCGACCCCUGGCUCAAGGAGAUCAUCGCCGGCAGCCAGGACGACGUCAGCUACUACAGAGAUGUCAGCGACGUUAUAAAGAAUCUCGACAAUAUUCUCAAUUCGGAAAAGACGUCCAGCUCGGAGUCGAGCCACCAGGCGAGCCCGUCGAGGGACAACUUGAGCUUAGACUGUAAAAAAGAUUACCCGAUGCAAUCGAGUAUGGUCAAAUCGCCCGGCAUUACCAAUUUCCAGAAUAUUCUGGAAGUCGGCUUCGAGGACAGAUCGCCCGAAAAGAAACAGGACGAGGACGAAGAUAGAGAUACGAUAGGCACGCUCAGUCACUCCUUCGAGCGACACAGUGAUACCACCAGUCAACACACCUUAGAAAAUUUAACUCCAGAUACGCCCAUAAAGGAUAUGGAGUUACCGUUUGAAAAGACGAAUACUAAUUUACAAAAUAAACUGCAUGCAAUUGAAGUAUCCGAGGACGUACAAGUUGAAGCAGUAUUGCCAAAAGAAAGUGAAGUAGAUAAUAGUGAUAGUGUAAAAACUGAUUUAUGUAUAACGCCAAUGCAUAGUGUUAAUGAAGAUAAGAAUGUGUAUGUGAAUGAAGACUGCCAAACCCCGAGUGAUAGUAAGUUAACUGAUAUAUUGCAUGAUAAGGAAACAGUGGAAGCUAAGUCAAUAAGUGAAGUUAGCGAUAAUGAACCAGUUUGUAACAACGCGGAAGAAGUAAUUAUUAAGACUGUUCAAACUUUAGAUCAAAAUGUGCCAGUGAAUGUAGAAGAUAAAGAGACCUUGCCGGUAUUCCCUGAGAUAGAUAAUGUUAGAUCAUUGGAAUCUCCUCUUAGAUUAGACGAAAGUCAACAAGUUGACACACCUUUACCAACUUAUGAACAAAAAAAGGAAUCAGAUGUACCUGAAUCAGUACAAAUUAUAUCCGCCACUCCAGUUAUUGAAAAUUCUUUAACUGGAAAUCAUAAUAAAGGCGAUGUUGAAGUAGACGUUAAGUCACUUAAUGAAACAGUUGUUUCUAACACAGAGGAAGAACUUGUGAUAUUAGUAGAAAAAGAAGUUACGAAUACAAAUGUUACUACACCUACGCUGAUUUUGUCGCAAGCACAAGAAGACUUACAAAUAUUAAGAGAUAAACUUCCUGAGGAAUUUAUUGACAAAAUUAUCAAAGAAGCUGAGACAGCAGCUUUGAAUUGUAUUGAAACAGCUCAAGCUAAAACAUUAGUACCUGAAUCAUUAAAUAUUCCUAAAACUGAACCAUUGCAAAUAUUUCUUAAUACUGAAAUAAAAUCCUUAGAUAACUCUACUGCGGACAAAAUUACUAGCGAUACUGGUACUUUGGAAGACAUAUUACAAAAACAAACAUCCCCACAAGAAGAUUCUCAACAUAGUUUUCUUAAAGAAGACGUAAAAAUACCUUCACCUAGCGAUUUAGAUAAUAUUACAAAAGAAAUCUUGCUAGAUGCCAUACAAGAAGUGCCUAAAGUUAUGCUAAAAGGGGAAACGCCGGAUUUUUUUCACGAGAGUAACUUAAAAGUGACACCCACUUUUGACGUUGAUCUACAAGAAUGUGAAAACAAAGCUCCUGAAAUCGAAACUCUGCCGGAUGUUGUGCGGGAUGUUACACACACUAUAGAACAACCUAUUCAUAAUAAAGCGCAACAGGAGAUAUUUAAUACACAAAUAGAAGCUAAUACAGAGUCAGUGGUUCCUCAACUCUCUCUUGACCUUGAAUCAACCGCAAGUGCGGAUUCUUCACAGAGUACUUUUCUAAUUAAAGACACCCUGAAAGAAGAAUCAAAUACUGUAUCUGGAAGUCCUUUAAAAAUCUUACAUGACGAGCCAGUACCAGAUUUUCUGGAACCAGAUAGUAGUAUCAAAACUGUGAUAAAUACAUUUCUUGAUUGUGAAAAAAGAUACACAGAAUGUUUCAGCUCUGGGAACACUUUAAACCCAUUACCUAAUUUACCGAGUCAGAAUGAAACUGAAUUAAUUGCAGUGGUAGCAGAAGAAACUAUUGCAAAAGACAGUAUUUUAGAACAAAAUGCUAAUCUGAAUUCUGGCAUUCCUGUAGUUGAAAAUGCACGUGUACCAUCAGAUGACAGCACAGCUUAUAUGGAUCUGACUAGUAGUGUGAAGACUGAAAUUGUGGAACAAACCCCUAUGGAUGAUAAUAUUAAAAAUGUCAUCAACUCUUGCUUAGAGACUCCUGGAAACGAUAGUUGUUCUCUAGUCAAGCAUGAAACAACAGAGUACAUGGAUUUACCGACUGUCGUGAAGGACGUCGAUGAGUUUUUACACGCGGAAAGACAGCUUAGCGGCCAAGUGGACGAGAAGGACCCUCUUUGUUCAAGCACGCCUAAAAGCUCAGUGGAUGAUACUCCAAACUCCACAGAAGAUAAAUCUGACGUAUUAUCAGAAACAAAAGUCCCUGAUUACGGACCUGGAGUAACUCUAACAAAAUUAGAACAACAAUGUGUCCCAGAUUUUCUAAGCCCUUUUGAUUCUCCGACUAAAAGUCACCCAACUGACACAUACGACGAAAAUAGCUCAGUAGUCCUAGGCCCUUUUGAGAACUGCACUAUGGAACUGUUUAAAGGCGUCAAAUCUGGUGGAGAUCUAGGUGAAAUCGCGAAAGAAGAGAUGUUCUUCUCUUCAAAUUUUAGCGAGAUUAACCUCGAAACGCCGUCGCCUCUCCGCGAUGGAAACUUUUUAAAUGAAGUACCAGAUAUAGUGAACGAUGAUAAUUUCCUAGAUAUAAUCAGUGAUCCUAAGGAUGAGACGGAUGCGAUGACUGAAGACAGCGACGUCACCGAUCCGUCUGUCGCCGAGAAAGUUUCACCAUUGACGCCACCCAACUCUCCCGGUUACUUUCUAGCUUCUACAUCUCAGCAGAAAUAUCUAGUAGAUAUAGAUUUGAACCCAGCAGCGGAGCCCGCUCAAGUAGAAUCAGAUUCCGGUUUAAGUUCACUGCAUAAAGAGAUCGAGUUGAACCAAAUAGAGCUUCAAAUCACUUCUAAAUUAGCUAUGGCGGAGAACGAGAACAAUCUAAAUAUUGAAUACUCCGGGCCGCUGACGGUGGAAGGUGUAGUGCAGAACGAUAAUGUGGGGGAGGAGGAGUCCGCGCCGGAGACGUUUCUAGCGGGGAAUGGGGGGGACAUCGGGAACAUUCGGGAGAUGUUCACGCUGGAUGAAGACUGCGUCAACGCGUUGAGGAACGAGCUGGAACUAAAACUGCCACUUGCACAGGUGGCAGCGAUAGAGCCGGCAUGCGAGAGCGACAGCGACUCGUGGAGCUCGCUGCCGCCGCCGCCCGAGCUGGUGGUGAGCUACCCGGGCGCGCUCAGCCCCAUCGCCGAGGAGACCGGCUCGCAGCUCUCCGCCUACGACAAUGACGUGCUGUGGAACGCAUCUCUUCGCACGGAGUCCUCAGAAAGCUAUCCGUCUCCAUGUAACAAUUCUACGGAGGAACCGACGGAGCCACCCACAGGUCAAGACACCUACACUCUGCCCGGCCGGCAGUCAUGCACUCAACCUCAGACUAGUAGCAGGGAGAUAACAAUGAGCGCCGACAGCCUAAACGCCAGCCUGGCAAAAUCCGGAAUAGACGAGCGAACAUUCACAGUAGAGGAGGCCCCCUGCGAGCGCAUCUCACAGGAGUCGCCCUUCGUGCUCAGCCCCACCACCGACUCCACCGCCGCCACCGGCGUCAGCACGCUCUCCCGCACCACGCAGCCCACCGACCAGCCCGACACGCUCUCCAAGCCCACCACCAUCGACUCCUGGUGCUCCAACGACACCCUGUACAACGUAGAGGAAGCCUUCGACGACCUCGCCUCCGAUCAAGACGUCCCUCCCGACUGCGAUGCCGAAAACGACGACAACAGCGAGAGCGACACCCUCACCCUCGACGACGAGAAAGAACUAAGCCGCGUCUCCACCUACAUCGUCCACGACAGCAAGUCGGACCACGACCGCUUCUCGCCCGACUCCAUCACGGCCAACGACAACGACGACCACACCUAUACGAAAGCGAAAGCCUCGCCGACCAAAUCGGAAGGCUCCAAAACUAAGGACUUGGCCUACGGCACUAUGACUGGACCGUACUCUAACUGCACUACGGAAGUCUUGUCAGCCGAUAAUGCUUGGAUGAUACCCCAACCCGAGCUAGUCCGACGGUCUCCCAUAGAUCCUAAUGUCGAUUUUUCCCCUCCGGCGCCCAAGCAAAGCGAAGAGGAUGUCGCUAGCCCGAAAUUAAAAAACGAGCCGCGCAUCAAAAAAAUGGAAAGCGUUGAAAUAAGUUGCCUCGAAGACCAUUUACUGAACAACGAGAGCCCGAAACGCGAUGAAGUUCACGACAGCCCUCACUGUCACUACGAUAUGGGAGCCGGUGUCACGAGCACUCCUCUUAUGGAAAUUCCUUCGGAAGAAAGCGAGGCUUCGACUUUGGCAGCAGAUAUAAUGACGCCAGAGAAUCUAGCGAGCAUACCUAACUACGAGUCGUUUCUGCUGUCAGCGGAGCUGCGGCGACAGGAGUCAACUGUCCACACGUUACCUUACGAAUCUGAGGUGUCCGAGGCGAGCCUACUCGGAUCGGACGCGACGCCGUCUUUCGUCGAGUUCAUGCAAGCGGCGACGUCCAAACCCCAGGAAAUUUCGCGCUUGCAAUCUAGUCAAAACGGUUCAGGCGACUUCGAACGAUUCGAAAACUCACUGAAAACACGCCCCCAGGACCUUUCCCACGAGAAAGAAGCUCCUGUAGAAGACUCGAGGUCUAGUCAACCGAGAACUCUAGUUAUAAGUCCGCCUAGUAUUACGAAUUUUAAAGAAUCUCACGUAGGUAAGAAUACAGUUAUCAUUACUGACUUAGAAGAGGAUGAGACGGAGCAGCCUCAUUCGAUUAUUAUCGCUGAAAUUUCCAAAGAAAAGGAUAGUCCCAAUAGGACUUUUGAUUCUCACAUAGUCGAAUUGAAUCAUACAUACGAUUCUCACACUAGCAAGAAACAAAUGGAUGGCGCACUAAAAGAGAGUAACAGCGACAAUUCCAAAGAAAUAACAAUCAAUGGUACAACUGAUGAAAGUCAUGAUUUUGAUCAGCCUGAACACAAAUCCCCAGAAAUAAACACCGAAGAAACCAAGCAACAAGAACAAACUGUAAAUAAUCUUAAUACGCUUAAAGACACCACAAUGUCAGUUUCAAAAGUCAAUAACGCUGAAAUACAGUGCAACGGUAAUAGUGAGAAUUUUGCAACAGUUAACUUCAUAAACGAAUCAUUUGAGGAACUCGUCGAAAGCAAUGUUGACGACGGAGAUAAAGAUAUAAAAAACGAAGAUGAAAUGUUAGAUUCCGAAGAAGAUAAGACUCUCCCCUUACAAGAUAGCCCGGUGAAGACUGUUCCUGAACAAGUGAAUGGUGUGGAAGAGAAAAUAGUUACUGUUACAGAGGAUUUUUUACAGAAUGAGAAGAAAUUCUGCGAGCUCGACUCUUAUUUGCCGCUCCUCAGUGAUAUUAGAUUCACAGGACCAGCGUCCGAGAUCAUGAGCACAUCGUUCACGCAAGAUUCGCCGACUGAACCUACGCCUGAGGGAGACAGCAACAAGCCCGACGACGUGAAGGAGUGGGAUAGCGACACCGACUCGCACUCCAGCAAUUCGUCCAGUGGCGAAUUUAUUUGGAAGGGCGGCGACGGGCAAGAGACAUCCGUCGUUCCAACCACGCAAUUCGACCAUCGCGGCUCGAACGGGUCCGCGGGUCGCGCGGCGCCGGGCUCCAACAGCGGCUCGGGCUCCGGGUCCGGGUCCGGGUCGGGCUCUGAAGGCGACGAGGUGGAGUUCGUGCCUUCCUCGUGGGACUGCCGCGCCGAGCCCGCCAAGUCCUCGCUCCGUAGUCUGCCUAUAUCACAGGACAACAAGAAGCGCGUAGUGUUCAAGCGGCAGAAGUAUCACUGCGUGUACGAGUACCCGCGCGAGCUGGCCACUGUGGACGCCGACUCGCCCGCCUACCUGCCCGACCUGUCCACGUACUCAGAAUGGGACCCCGGCAGCGCGGAGGACGCGGAGCUGGGCUACGGGCAGCUGUUCGGCGCGGCCUCGCCGCUCGACCUAUACCCGCUGCGCGGGACCAUCGCCUUCGGUGCAGAUUACGACGAAGACUUUUUCAUAUCGUCGUCGGCCCGGCCGUUCGAGAGUCUCGGCGUGAUGUCCACCACCAGCCAGUUCUUCCCCGGCAUGCGCCUCAAGCCGCUCGACCUGCCCGCGCCCGCCGACGACGACUUCCCCCCGCCGCCCUCCCCGCUGGCGCCGCUCCCGCAGACCCGCACGCCCUCGCUCGACUUCACCACGCCCGACUCUGGCGUCGAGGACAUCACCCCCGGCUCCACCUCCACCGACGACGACUUCAGAACCAAGAAGCUCGAGGAGGUGAGUCCGUGGCGCGGCGUCGACAGCGGCAGCUCCAGCGAGUCCGUCAGCCCGAGCUCCCCCGGCGGCGAGGCGCUCGGCGGCCUGCGCCACACGCGCGACAAGCUCAAGCUCGACCUCCCGCCGAGCCCGCACAUACCCUCCCCCAGGCACAACAGGGUCUUCAACUUCGUCCUCGACAAACCGAAGAGGCGCGCCGCGGACGAGCGGUCGGACAUCGGCACCACCCCCCUCGUCAUGACCGACGAGACCCCGCUCGUGACCGGCUCCUUGCCCGUUUCCGACCUCGAGGACGUCCCCGUCCCGGAGCCGACCUUCUCCACCUUCGGUAAGACCGUCCCGCGAGCCGAUCCCGAACAAAAGAUAAUAUUAACCGAUGAUGGAGAAAAAGCCGCUAGUCCCGUGAAGGAGCCCGUCCGCGGCGAAGGCACCGUAUUAGACAGCGGGGAUGAAGAUUCCGGCAUAGAAAGUAGCGCCAAAGCCACGCUGGAGCGCAAAACACCCAACGUUUCUUAAAUAUACUAGCGCAGCGGUGGCGUGGCAUCAAACUUGCCCCUAGAUCGUGAGGAUAUUUCACCGACUUUGUCAAAACUUGUGAAAGCAGCAGGUGUUAUCACACACAUGAGUUUAUAAGAUACUGAGCGGAGCGGACAACAGUCUGCCUCGCUCUAACAUAUCCGGCCAAUUGUUUAUAUCCUAGUAUACGAUUGCCGAAACUGGAGAAUGAUCAUACAAUACCGUAACAAAAAUCGAGUUCCAUAACACUUAUUUCGCCGCGCCAUUGCAGUGGCGUAGAUUGUUAUAUCUCCGCGGCCUAUGGUCCGAUCGUUACUGUAGUUGAUAGUAUUACCAACAUUAGGUUUACUCAAGAUAAUGGUAAUUCGUAGAAAAACGA